CAAUCUGCAUUCCGUCUUACUUAACCUUCCCACCCCCCUCCCCAUCCCACCCUUCUUGCCUCCUUCUCCCUUUUCUGUCCCUCCUCCUCGCUAUCUCUUGUCAACAGUAACAACAUAUCGUUGCUACUUGGGCCGUCUCUCGCAUAUUUUUCUUCCUCUUCCUCUUCCUCUUCCUCCUCCUUUUGUCCAGGGCUCCACCCUCCGCAGAGUUUCAAAAGUAAACCGGACGCAAAGAAGUACACAGAGUUGGGGAACCAGAGAGACAACAAACAGGAAUCGACGAAUCCCCGUGUCAAUCACGGCUACCGAGAAAUACAGCUUGAAACCCUGACUCUUUCAAGGAAAACAUCUGGGUCCAAGAAGGGGGGAAUACCCCGACUAACAACCACAACCAACCAAGCCUGCAGCUAUAUAAACUUUUGGAUCGGAAGCCAGCAAGCACGAGGCACAGACAAGAAAGGGCACCCAAGCCCGCCCUUAUCUCCCCCUCCUCCUCCUCCGAUAUAUCACUCGACGCAAAGCCUCGGGUAAAACCCGACUGUGCUUCCUGUGCAUCGAAAUCCAACUCUUCUAGAAAAGAAAGGGAAAAGGGUGUAGAAACGCACUUUCCCCGCCUUCUACCGCCUGAAGGUUUCACGUCACGAUGAACGCCCAGGUCUCGUUUCUCGACGGUAACUACACCCUCAUCCACAUUCCCCUCGAUCUCUACUCGGUGCUACUGCAGCCCAUCCUCCGCGUCCUUCUUCCCCAGACCCAGACCCUCAAGGCGUCAAAGGGCGAACCGGAACAUGAGCUCGAAGGGCUGAACGCUGAGAGCCAGCAUGGCUUCCUCAACAUCAGCGUCACUCCCAUGGAGUGCUCCAUCGUCUGCCACAGCUCGUGGGCCAAGAAUGUCUUUGAGCCCGCGAUUAACGACCUUCCCAAAGACAUUGCCAAAUCUGUCUCAAUAUCCAAAGACACGUACCUCGUCCUCUCCGUCAUUAGCGCCGGCAUGGAUGCCGCCGGCCGCGUCAUGGAAUUGACCUCUCCCUUGGCCCUGGCCGGCAUCCCCAUCUUCUUCAUCACCACCUACUACUCCGACUUCAUCCUCGUGCCCACCAAGGACAGGCAGACCGUGGUCAAGGCAUUGCUGGCCCGGGGUUUCGAACUGGCGGACAACAAUUCCAACUUCGUCAGCCCCGCUGCCUCUGUCCACUCCCGCGGCCCAAGCCAGAACAACGGCCCACCGCUGACGCCUCCGCCCUCGACCGUUGCCGAGCUCCAGGUGCGCACCUUUGACCUGCUCAAGAAGAGGAGUGUAUCGCCCUACGUCGAGGACGACUUGCUAUUGGUGCAGUGCUCGGGGCGGGAGACCUCCCAGCUCGGAGGUGAACUGUCCCACACCCAGCGACCCUCCCUGAGCCGUCAAGUGACGGGCAACAGCCACCGCCAGACUUGGCUGGACAACAUCGACGCGAAGCUGUACACCGCCAUGAUCUCGGCCCUGGCGGCGCGACCCCGCUUCAUCUCCAUCACUUUAGCCCAGGAGGACCCGCCGUCGCUGUUGCUCGACAAGUCGCUGCUCGGCCUCUUUGGCGACUCUCUCGUUGGGGACACCAAGACGAACCUCACCCCGAUCUUCUUGGAUCUCGAAAGUCUUCCGCUUGAAGCCACUGGUAUCGUCUGCGGCGUGGCCGGCACCCUGGUGCAAGAAAUGCGCAUGGGAGACAGCGCAGGGCUUUCCUACCUCUCCACCGCGAGAGCCGGAGCCGUCAUCCUCUCGUGCGAACAGUCGAUUCGCGCUCUCGAGAUUCUCACGCCCAAGUUGUUCAAGGCUUGAGUCACGCACAUACCACCACAGGGAACUGACUGCAUUGCCGAGGCAACCCGGAAUGGGAGUAGGGUGAUGAUGAUAAUGAUAUCUCCGUUGUGCUGAGUUAACGAAGUUGAAUGAACGGACGAGUGUACUAGCAUGGACUGGUCUAGGCGGUUGGCAAUUUGGCUUUUUUCCCUUGGUUUUUCUUUCUUGGAAAAGUCUCGCGGGCAUGUCGGCGUUUCGGAGGAUGGCUCUUUGAUGGUAGAUACCAACUUUGUAUGUCUCUGCGAUGCUGGUCUGGUUCCACCCAGGCCUCAACUCGGAAUGAUUGAUCUCCGCUCUCUGGCCCGUUUGCAAUAUAGUCUCUGGCGAUAGGACCCAUGUAUAGCCUCUCGUGACGCAUCGUAUCGGCUUACAUGUCAAUUGGGGACUUGUCCUCCACGUUAAGCCUUGUUGUCGGACAUGCCAUAGCUCCGAUCUGCCGGGCCGAGGUGUGGCGCCUUCAUGGGUCGAACACAGCGCGCGCGCGCGCGUCGUCUCAUUUGCCGUGCCCCUUCUUCUUGCCUUGCCCAGCUUCCUCCACCCAGCCGGCCUUGACAAAAGCGUCUCGCGCAGCACUGUUAAUCAAAGCGAACCGGCGCGGGCCCAGCUUCUGGCCACCGUACCAGCGUGACACCACCACCAUGACAUCCCACAGAUCCAUCAACUGCAUCAGGUGAAGCAGGCGGCUCCCGGCCGCCGUCUCUCCGUCGUCGUCGCAGUCCUGGAAGCUGGUACCGUUCGGUCCUCGGAUGCGCCACGCCGUCAUGUUGUGCGUCGCCGUGCGGACCUUCUUGUCCGUGGCGAGAAGGUGCUGGACAUAGCCAGCGGCCUGCUCGGGCGAGGUGACGGGGGCGGCGCGGGCGAGGAACACCGACUUGAGCUCGACGAACGGCUCCGAGGCGAUCCACGGCGGCUCCUCCGAGAGGAACGAAGGCGCGGGUUGCGUCUCGUACUCAACCUCUUCGCGGGGCGGAGGCGACGGCGCAGACGGCUCGGUAUCCGCGUGCACCUCUAGCAGUCUCGAGAACUCCUCGACAGCGUCAAACAGGCAUACGGCGCCGGGCUGGUAGACGGCGGCAACGGCCUCGCGGAAGAUGGCG